GCCAAGGCAGAUCAUUCUAAACCAAGCGGCCGUGCUCGUCGGGUUCAGCUACCGACCCUUCUCGACGUACACAACGAGUAAGGGACUCCCUCGACGUCCUCAGUGGCGGGCUCCGGCCUUCUUGGUGGGUUGUUGUCCUGCUUUGUUCGUCGUGCCCUGCAUCAGCGCGUUGCGAUUGGCUGACAGGAUGCAUGUGUUGUUUUGACCAAUCCAACUGACAGGCUUUCCUUCCAACAGUCAACACUUCGUCUUUUUUAUGUUCACCGACAUUCGUUUAUUAACUCGUCACUCCUUCAAAUAACGCGGUCUUUAACUGAAGUAUGAAACCGUCUGCGACUAAUAUCCCUAUGCGUAUACAUCGGCGGGAUGGGGGCAGUGGAGGACUCUCGACACCUAGUAUCAUCGGUAUUGCCGUCGCAUGUGGAUGCGUAUUUAUUCUUGUCCUCACUCUCUUUCUCUGGCGUCUUCUCGUGCGUUGUUGUCGACGAAAAGAAUCGGCACCUCUGCCACCUCCGCAGGGCCUCGCGCAUCAUCGCGAACAACAGCUCGCAGUUCUUACAGAGCGUUCUGCGAGUAGACCUUCUACAUGGAUGGAUGGCUCAUUUAAUAGUCGGUCAAAACAUUUUCUACAUCCUACCGCUAGCGAUAUAUCCUUGAUCUCUGGUACUCCGGAACGGAAGAACAGUUUCUAUACCGAUGAAGCUACGACCGCAGAGAGUGCAUCUACAUUUCCUUCUCCUUUAUCCGCGAACGAUAUGUCCUUACCCCUUCCCAAUCCAACGUUCUUCAACGGCGCGAGCCCACAUAAUAGUAUGACCAGUAUGGCGAGCUCGAAUGUAUCGGGAGAGGUUUCGCUUCCUGACAUUUCAUCCUCCGCCAGUGCCCCACUUUCAGAGGCACCAUCUGACCUUUCAUCAUUGUCACCGACACCGAGAUUACAUCCGCUGGCAUCCUCAUCGGGUUCGGGCUCUCCUCAUCCGCGCUCAGGGUCAACCUCCAGAUCAGUGUCACGCCGGCGCUCCCGUCCUACAUCAGUAGUCUCCGCUGGCACAAGCUAUAGUGGGCAUACACUACGCACCACAGGCAGCACUAUCCGCGGAGCGCCACACGGUCCAUACAGUAAUGUGCAAAUUGUGUUACCUGCUCCCUUGGCUCCGGACAUAUAUCCCUAUAUGCAGCCAUUAGCCGAGGGCAGUGUCAGCAGCGUUGGGAUAGCGAACCAGGUACCUUCCAGGGGAAGUGCGUUUGUGGACCAGUGGGUCAUGGUUGGAUCCCGCACUUCAAACGGCAGUCGCCCUCUACAUGAAAGAAGCACAUCAGCUAGCGCACCUCGGCGUAGCAAUAUACCUAUGCCUCCGCCAUCCGCCAUGCCUCCACACACGCCCCGUCGCCGCUCACAUUCACAGCCAAGGCUGUCAAUGGACAGAGUCUCCCCUUCAAUAUCACCUUCCGCGAGUCCUUCUCCAUCAACCAGCUUGAAUGCAGAUCGACCACCACCCGUACCUAGGAUACCUUCUGCUUAUAGACAUGCCGCCUCACCGCCAGAUGUCGACCCACAACUGGACCGUGGCAGGUCCCGAGUAUCACGGUCGGGAUCAGUUUCGUCGCCGCCUCAGGCACAGCAAAUCCCUCCCGGCGAUCUACGGCCACCCAGAACACCAUCAAAGCUGCGAAAACCCAAACCGGACGCUGUAUCAUGACACUUCCUUGCAGUAGUCUCUAAAGCAUCGUGUUCGUUUAUACGAGGGCUAUUAGGACCAUUCUUGUCUGUUCGCUCUUUGUGUCCUGAUGUCAUUUCUGCAGACCACACACCGCACACUACGCCGGAGUAUUUAUUCUGCAAUUGUUAUCAGGAGUAGUGAAGCAAUUGUAUCAUUCACAGUCCCAGCAUUUUUCAUAGUUACCCAUUCACAUUGACCAUCUAUAAUGUAGACCUCCUGCCAAGCAUACAUACCUAGAUCGCAUUCCUACUCCCUAAUCACAAUUCUCACCGGAAAGGGGACUUUUUGGCAGUGAAAAGCUCUUUUCCUCCUGUAUUGUUAGCGGAGGUUUGAUGAUGCUUGAGCAAGGAAUGGAACUGUAGUAAGACAAAAACAGUAUACAGUGACAAUGGGCGGCAAUUGAAGCACAAAGAUGAAAAACAAAUUCAGAGG